GAUUAUUAAAAGGACAAGACCAACAUGGGGUGUAGGUCUUCUAAAUGUACAAAUGUGAUUACGUCUGAACAGUCACCAAGUUCGAAAGACGAUCGUGGUGGCCAUAAAACAAAACAUAAUAAAAACCAGGAAAAAACACUUGAAAGCAAUAAGGAUGCUCAACCAUCACAAACACAAACACGUGAACUGGAUAACAAAGUUUCGACGACCGGCAAUAGGAAGAACAUUGGGCCUACUGAUGGAAGUAAAGACACAAAUGAACUCGUCCUUUAUAAUGAGGUGUGCAAAGCUUUUCCAAGACCAGCACCACCUCCAGUUGAUGCAAAGGUUGAUCUGAACGAGUUCUUUUCGCCAGAACUAAAAGCCAUCUACCCUGGAUUCGAUGCUAUGACACGUCUUGAUGAUCAUGUUGAAAAGACACCAAAACCACUGAAGCAAAACAUUAAACGUUUAGUGGAAUAUCUUUUGGAAAUCACGUCAACGGAGUACGAUAAGGCACGCGUUAUAAUACGCUGGGUUGCGACCAACAUCGCGUAUGACAUAAACUUCUUGAACACUGGUAACCGUCCGGACUCUUCAGCUGCACAAGACGUGUUGAUAGAGGGCUCUGCUGUCUGCGAGGGAUUCGCAAACUUAGUAUUGGAAAUGUGCCAGCUUGCCGGCUUAACCUGUGAAAAAAUCAGCGGUCUAGCCAAGGGAUCUGGUUAUAAGAUUGGUGAUGAUCUGGUCAAUGGAGAAAAUUCGAGUAAGUUGAGACACGCCUGGAACCGGAUCAAGAUAUCAAACAGGUGGUUUCUAUUUGAUGCCACCUGGGCAUCUGGACACUCAAACAAAGUGAAUGGAAUCUACAAUUACACAUUCCAAUGGGAUGAGGGUUACUUCUUAGUUCCACCAGACACGCUGCGUUACUCUCACAAACCAGACGACAGUACCUUUUCAAUGCUUGAACAGCCGAUAACUGACGUAGUCCAAUGGACAAACGAGGCACGUGUGUUUCCUUCAGGCUGUUUAUUUAAGAUGUCAAGUGUUACACCACCUCUCACCGAUGGGUGCAUUAAGACGGAUUCAAAUAGAGUACGACUUCAAUUUCGCAGUACUUUUAACAUGAACUUAAGAUAUGCCUUGAUAGAUGACGCAACAGACGAACAUGCAAAAGAGUCUGUAGCAUGUAUUACAAAUAAGAAUCAUUCAACGUUGUUGGUUCGUCUUCCACGAGCUGGAUCGUACAGAGUUGUAAUUUUCGGUGAGCCCGUAAAUUUGUCAGAGCGUUCAAAGAAAAUGAUCGAAAAUACGUUGUUGAGCUUUAAAGUACACACGACAUGCAUCACAGGUUCGCAGCCAUUUCCUGAAUUCACUAGUCUCUUAGGAUCACUUCCUGCUUUCACAGAUGCUGGGUUUAGAUCCUCUGUCAACUUCCCUAUCAUUGAAACAGGAGAUGGGUAUGCUAGGUUUACAGUUCACAGACCAGGAGGAGAGCCAAUACGAUUCAAAUUUAGGGACGCAAAUGGAACUGAACUUGGUGAGUACAUAUUUGGAGAUACCUAUCCAGAAAAAGUCGUCUUUAAUAUUAGAUGUCCGAAGAAGGGGGAAUAUUCGUUGAUACUUUUUGCCAGAUUUAACGAUGAUCUUGUUGAUAAAAAUAAAUUUAAGCCAGGUGCAACAUAUCUGAUACUGAACAAGAAUAAGCGAGGAACACCCAUACUACCAUACCCCUCUAAAGUCCAAUGGGGACCAACUGACAACUUGUCAAAUUUCAACAUAUCGUUACAGCCCCAAAAAGGCGCUGAAAUAACGUGCAAUAAAGAAGAGGCCACUUUCGAACUAGGCCUAAGUUCCAAUGAACAGAUCAAUAUUUCUUACAAAUUUAAUACCAAGGAAGAUAAAGCAAUAACAAGUAGGUGGGUUUGUGCCGAAACCAACUGGCGUGAAAAGGAUGUGAUUUUGCGAUUUCGAUUUCGUGUACCCGUCUCUGGAUUUCACGAAUUUAAUAUAUUUGCGGGAAAAGGUGGAGCGAAAUCUAAUGAUUUGAUAGGAUGUUGGUUAAUUAACGUUGUUAAUCCGUUUGAGGGAGACUUAUUCAUUGGCAGUACAAAUGUACCAUGGGGACCUAACGUUGCCAAAAUGAAGGCAAAUGAUUUACAAGUUCUAUCACCAACAUCUUCUACAAUUUACUCAAGUGAAAAAGAGUCCACGUUGAUUAUCGCAUCGAAGAUGAAAAGGCGUACAGGAAUUAUUUUCAAUCUGAAAAAUGAUUCAGGUAAUGAUAUGUACGAAUACGUUUUAGCAGAUUCUGUUAAACAAAAUGACGAAACGGUUUUAUACAAAAUUCGAUUUCAUCCACCAGAGUCGGGAUUUUACAGUUUUGAUCUAUUUUGUGUAAGUGGCGGUCAUCUAGGUAGUUGGAUGAUAGAUGUUCGGAAAUCGAAAAAACUGGAACUUCCAUCGAAUGAUAAAAGACCCUGGGGUCCUGUACAAAACUUCUAUGACUAUGGAUUCUUGGUAGUAGAGCCAGAGUCGGCCAUUCUUACCACUAAUUUGUCAACUGAGUCAAAAUUAACUAUUGCUACAGAUCAAGGGAAAAUACUUGGAAAGUUACAUUUCCAGGAUCAAGAGGAUAAUUUAAAGGAUUGCUUUGAUAUUGAAUAUUUCACAAAUGAUGAGAAAUUGAAGAAAAUUGUUAUAACGUUCAAGUUACCCCAGAAAGGCUAUUAUAAAUUCAGUUUAUAUGUAUCAAGUUCAGGGCAGGGGACGUUUGAUUACGGUGGAGGUUGGCUGUUACAUUGUGUAUGAGAAAAUCCCCGAUCACGUUCAUCGCCAAUGACAUACCAAGUAAAACAGUAGUGUGUGUGUGUGUGUGUGGGUGGGUGCGCGCACAUGAGUGCCAACGAAAAUUGCUUGUAGGCCCUAAUUACCACAUUAUGUUGUCUGUGUAUAUGUAUUCUAUACUGACCAACCGCUCAAAGUUAUCAGUAAAUUAACUAUUUUGAGUGUUUCAUUCACAGUAUAGGGACCUCCCUUAGAAGGACCACAUGUCUAUAAUAUCUAAUACUUAAGGCUAAAAUAUCAAGAUUUAUUAGAAAGGUUUUGAAAAACUCAUUAAAUUAUCUUCUUGAUUCCUUCAUUUUUCAUGUGACGGAUGAAAUAAGUUCUAGUUGUAUUUGACAUGUAUGCAUAAGAAAUUUAAUCUGAAAUUGAACUUCAUUCUUCAGAUUAUUGAUUUUAUAUUGUAUUUGUCAGGACCAAUUGCCAAACAUAUUUAUGCUUUACUCAUAUUGCGUACAUUUGGCAUAACUUACUUAUCGAUUAUAAAGGCAUUACAAUUUAUAAUUUAAAUUUAAUAUUUUUAUAUGCUUAAUUACUAAAGACUAGACUUUUUGAUGCUCAUAACUUUGAUGCAAUUUGAAAAUAUUCUUAUACGAGAUGAUUGAUAGUACUGUACUAUAUAUAUUAUAUCCAUGUUACCUUGUUUUGAAGGUACUCUCCUUAAAAGUAAUUCACUUUAGUUUUAGGUUAUCCCCAGCCACUCUUGCCUAAUGUUACGAUGGCAAAAUAAAGUAUUAGAACAUAAUUUACUGAAAUUAAACUUCCGUUUACAAACAAUAAAUACACAUUGAGACUUGUCUCAUCAGAAUAAUGAUUAUUUUAUUUAAAAGUGAUUUUAUAUAUAUGUUUUAAAAUGACAUUAUCCUGUACAGAAAAAACAAAUUGUAAAAUUGUUCUUUUCAGAACGUUAGUAUUUCCCAUCUAAACAAGUAGUGUAUACUGUCCUACAUAUUUACUAAUUAUUAUUAUCAUGUUACUCCAAUUUUGAUAUAUUGUAUGUACUACAUAAUGGUGCUUUUUAAAAAAGUGGAUGGGAUGGUCUCCUGGUGGACUGAGCAAAUCAAAUAAUAAUAAUAAUAAUAAUGAUGAUGGUCGAUUAAAUCCGGGCACUCCUGCGCACAACGGUCAUCGGCCGACGCGAUUCUAUGCAGAACGCAACAACACUUUUUUUUAUUAAUGAUCUGUUCAGAGUGCGAAGUUCGUACCAUGGAGGUAUAAAAACAUGGUGGUACGAUGCAGUAAUAAUAAUAAUGCCAUCUUAUUAGGCGCACAUAUCCAUCUCUUGGUAGAGCUGCUCGCGGCGCCAUUUUCCACCUGCAGAGUGUACA